AUGAAGUUCGUUUGGAUGGACGUCGAUCCAGGGCACGACGACGCGACUGCGCUUCUACUUGGGCUCCACUGCCCUGACAUCAAGCUUCUAGGAAUAUCGACCACUCACGGCAACGCCAGCAGCGAUUGGACCCUGCGAAAUGCGGCUCGGUGUCUUCACGCCUUCGGCGCGUCUGCCCACCACUCUGACAUCCGCGUAUAUCCUGGGGCGGCGAAGCCUCUUCUUAAACCAGCCAAACACGAUCCAGAGAUUCAUGGCGAAGAUGGGCUGGGGGGCGUCGAGGGAUUUCCAGACGCUGAAGACCCCAAUGUCACGCGUUGGAUUGCGGGACAGUCAGAGCGGGCUCUAGAUGGCCUUUCUGCCGCUGUGCGGAAGACGUGGGACAACGGAAAAGGCAACAAGGUCUCCAUAAUUUCUAGCGGUCCCAUGACGAACGUUGCACUGUUCGUUGCGGUCUAUCCUGACCUCUUGGAGGCCAUCGAAGAAUUCGUUUUCAUGGGUGGAGGUGUUGGCAUGGGCAAUCGAUCUGCUGUUGCUGAAUACAAUAUAUUGUGUGAUCCCCAUGCAGCCCAAAUCGUACUCAAUGCACCUGUAAAAAAGACAAUGAUCCCGAUAAAUGUGACCCAUACCGCCAUCGUGACGCGUCAAAUCCACGCAAACCUCCUCUCUCCCGCCUCACAAACAACCGAUGGACGUUUGCCGACAGCGUCCUCUAAUCUGCGAUACACACUGUCUACCCUUAUCAGCUUUUUUGCUGAAUCAUAUCGCAGCACAUUCGGAUUCGAGAAUGGACCGCCUCUCCACGAUGCCCUCACGGUUGCAUACGUGGCCUACCCACACUUAUUCAAGGAAAAGCGGUUCCGAGUCGAUGUCGAGCUAAACGGAACGCAUACGUCGGGGGAAACAGUGGUUGAUGUUUGGAACUACAAGAACUGCGAUGAUAGUUGGGGGGUUGGUGGAAAGAACUGUUUGGUAGCUCAAUCAGUCGAUCUCAAUGGGUUUUUCAGCUUUUUCCACGAGUCUAUAGAACGAUGUGAUCAGGUUUCUCCCUUGAAUGCUUGA